AUGAGUGUUGAAGAAUUGACUCCGAAGAAAACGGACUUCAAGUACAAAAUUGGGAAGGUCAAACAAACGCCGCAAGUGCUUAAAGAUGAAAGGACUGGACUGGAUUACAUAGAACUCAAGCAAAGGCAAAAUGAGCGUGUUGACGGGUGCACUGUGUUUCAGGGACACUAUAAAGAGGAUAAAAAACUAGGCCAGGGUACUUUUGGCGAAGUAUACCGCGGUGUCCACUUGGAAACCCAACGCCAAGUUGCAAUGAAGAGGACCCUCGUGAAGGCAGAAAAAGAUCUAUUUCCUAUCACUGCUCAACGUGAGAUAACUAUUCUGAGGAAGCUGAACCAUAAAAACGUCAUUAAACUUAUAGAAAUGGUUUACGACUACCCUCCAUCAAACCCCAGUAACAGCAAUAACCAUAGCACCCCAGCGACGCCAAACGCAAGCCCCUCUAGAUCUUUUUACAUGAUAUUGCCAUACAUGGUGGCAGACAUGUCUGGCAUUCUGCAUAAUCCCCGAAUUAAGUUAGAGAUGGGAGCCAUCAAAAAUGUUCUGCUUCAAAUUUUGGAAGGCGUAAAUUAUAUUCAUUGCCAGAAGUUUAUGCAUCGUGACAUUAAGACAGCCAACCUGCUAAUAGACCACAAGGGAAGACUAAAGAUUGCCGAUUUUGGGCUAGCCAGAAAUUACUAUGGAGCUCCGCCAAACUUAAGGUUCCCAGGUGGAGCCGGGGUUGACGCCAAGUACACAUCUGUUGUAGUUACUAGAUGGUACAGGGCACCUGAAUUAGUUCUGGGAGACAAAUAUUAUACUACUGCAGUAGACAUGUGGGGAGUCGGGUGUGUUUUCGGAGAACUUUUUGAAAAGAAGCCAAUUUUGCAAGGCCAGACUGAUGUGGACCAAGGUCAUGUUAUUUUCAAGCUUCUAGGAACACCAACAGAGGAACAAUGGCCAUUAGCUCGCUACCUUCCAGGCGCCGAACUAACAAGAACUAAAUAUACCGCUACUCUACGGGAAAGGUUCGGCAGUCAUUUAAGUGACACCGGUCUCGAUCUACUAGGCCAACUCCUUUGUUUAGAUCCCUACAAGCGGUUAACUGCCAUGUCUGCCAAAAACCAUCCGUUUUUCAAAGAAGAGCCCUUACCAGCAAAGAUUUUACAGUUGCCAUGCGAGGAGUGUCAUGAGGCAGACAUAAAGCGUUAUAAACAAGAGCAGAAUAGGUCGUUAAGCCAACAACCUCCUCCUGCACCUCAAGGCCACAUCGUAGAAAAGCCAACGCCCGUAACUCCCCAGCUGCCGAAAGGGCCCAAGGGUCCCAAAAGUAAUAAGGUUCUAAAACCAGCUACCGGACCCAGAGGAUAUAGCGACAGUAAGCGCGCUGUGCCCAGACAGGGUGCGCCCUCUAGCAUUCCGGCUCCCACGCAUCCGAGGAACGCUUCCGAUUCAGAGAACUCCCGAGGUAGUCGUUAUUCCCGGGGUCCCUCCGGCUACGGCAACCCGGGAUCCAACGGUGGACAAAACAGAAACGAGAGUCGUUUCAACAGUGGACUGUCAAGAAAUCGCUACUACAAUCAACGCACUGGUAACUCUUUAGAUCCACAAAGAACAGACUCGGGUGAUCACACUAACCCCACGUAUUCUGGCUCACAAGGGCUUGCAGGUGAAUCAGAGACUACUGGAUACUUUGAAAACUCGAGGUAUGGACACAGUACAUACCCCAGACACAAUAAACCAUAUGCAGGUCAACCCGGUGGUACUGAAAAUCCGAAUGAUACACCUAUCCGUAAUGUUAGAGGGGACAAAACCAAGUCAUUUCCACCUCACCCGGUAAACCACGAACCACGCAAUGUCGUGCCUCCUAACCGGCCUCGCGAGGACGAAACAGAACCGCAUCAUAAAAAAAGUCGGCAAAACUACCAAUCAGCUCAGGAUGACAUUGCCGAUCUCUACUGA